GCGGCCAUAUUUGAUGUUAAUAUGGCUGAGUUGCAGAAAUUCAGUUAAAUAGCAUGUGGAAAUAUUAUAUUAUCAACGUUUUUAGCAACAAUUUAAAUUAAGUGUCCAACCCCAGUAAUUACCAUUGUAAAUCUAUGUUUUAACCUGUAAAUUUGACAUAAAUUCACAUUACAAAAAUUUGAUUAAAUAAGCCAAAUAUAACAUUUAGUAGAAUCCGAAUAUACACAUACAUUGUUCAACUAUAUUCACACUAAGUAGGCGACGAAACCCAUUUAGCGACGAAAAUUAUUUUUGUAUAAAUUUUGGUCAAAAUGACUACGAAUCCAAUCUGCGAACCGUUUACAAAUUUCCCAGCUCGAUUUGAUAUAGAGAAAAUUGCAGAGGAAUUCAAGCCGAAGGACAAAGAAAAAGAUGUUGAGAAAACUCUUAGCCCGCGCGAUUUUCUCAAUGUUCCCGACAAGGACUGGGUUGUGUUGCCCAUGUUUAAAUGCCACCUGGAUCAUUUGAAGCCAGUUCUUUCUGUACGCAAAAAUAAGUAUAUGCGUUGCCGUUACAGACAAUUUCUGGACAACGUUCCCGAGCACUUUGUCAAUGUGACAUUGUUUAGUGCUAAUAUUAAUAAUCAGCCCAAACCAAGACGAAAAUCUCUUAAUGGUCAAUUUUAUGGUGUGGACUAUAAAUUGGCGCCCAUACCCGUUUCAGUCGAUCCGCGUGCGGCCGGCGGCUCCAAAUCAGUCAAAUCGAAACAUUCCAAGUAGUCAAAUUCAAAAAAUUUAAGAUACAGACUGGAGUCAUCGGCACAUGUGCAACUCUGACACAUUAAAACUAUGAGUGUUUGGCAACACUGCUCGAUCAAUUGAGACGAAAA